AUGCCUAGGUCAAGCUUCUCGGAUAACCCAUUGUUACGGGUCUCGAGACCUGUAUCCGCGUGCUCGAGAUGUCGAGCUGCGAAAGUGAAGUGUGAUGGCAAGCUCCCAGCUUGCACGGCCUGCGAGAAGGCCGGUCGCGAGAAUGAGUGCUCUGCCGCAAACGACCAGUUCGCUCGUGGCAAGGAACGGAGCUAUGUGGCCGCACUCGAGCUGCGCAUCGAAAAGCUUGAGCGGCGACUGAAUUAUGCUCGCUCGCGGAAGGCCUCGGUGGCUAAUCACGAGCAGGACGGCCCGCUGUCCAGGGCACAGCCGCAGGACCGUAAAGACUCGCUCGCGAACAUCCGGGCAGCCAUACACCGAAAGGCUGAACGGAAACGAGAAAACUCGGAUGUCAACUCCUUGAUAUCCGACUUUGGCUACAUGUCCAUCAAUGCCACUACCCGCGACUUUGAGCCCACCCUCAGCAACAUGACCUUUGCUCGUCUUAUUCUUGCGGCCGUGAUCAAUGAUCCCUUGCCUGAGCCACAGUCCCAAAGCUUGCCAGAGAAGCAGGCCGCUCAUUCUAUCGUCCAGUACUACAUGGCCAACAUUUAUCCUCUGUUUCCACUAUUUCCUGGAACAGUGCUGCUGUCGGCACUUGAGGACAUGUACCAGCAAGAGCGCCACGUCAAUAGCGCAAGCAAGUGGCUUGUAUACAUGGUACUGGCGACAGGUUCCAUGGCUCAGUCGCGGAGCACCCAAGAUGACUUCUACAAGAACGGCGUAGACUUCGCGUCUCACGCCCUCCAACUAGCCGAUCGUGCUCUGCAGCCUGGCCAUGCCACUCAAAUACAAUCUCUCGCUGUCUUCACUCAGUACGCCAUGCUGGACCCAGCGCAUUUCGACAGCUGGCACUUGAUUGGAUUCACGUGCCGCGCCGUUGUCGAUCUGGGCUUCCACCAGGACCCGCCAAAUCAGAGCCAAGCCGACAGGGCGGCGCUCGAUAUGAGGCGCAGGACCUUUUAUUGCGUAUACGCGCUGGACAGGGCAAUCAGCAUGGUGCACGCCCGCGCAUUCUCUUUCAGCGACGAUGCCAUCAGGGUCGAUUUGCCGGCCAUGUCUGGCAUAGGUCGCAUAGCCUCCGUCGCCGGUACAAUAACAGGCCCGCAGUCGCAUGAUCCUGCCAUUCUGCUAUUCCAACUCCGCCGCAUCCAAUCGCAAUGGUACCAGACCUUGAUUCAGUCCGACCCCAGCCAGCCUAUCGAAGGUCACGACGGAGAUGUCACAUCUUUCAUCUGGCAGAUGUGCCAGGAUAUGCGCGAGUGGGAUGAGUCCCUUCCAGAUACGCUGCCCAUCGGCAUUCGGGAACUCUUUGAUCUGGAGUUGAAGUACAGCUAUGUCUACUGCUUGGCCCCGAGUGCUCGUGCGCCAGUUAUGACGGCUUACGGGCGAAUGUUGAUCUUUGAGUAUGCCAUUGCUUACCUUGAUCACAUCUAUGGCAUUGCGCAUGGAAGCCCAGACCCCAAUCCAUCUCUCUACACCUACCAUGAUGCGUUGAGGGUCUUCUUUAUGGGCAGUCAGUUCAUGGCAGUCCUACGAGACGCCGGUGACUCCAUUCUUGCAGGGGCAUCCGUCCCUAUGCCACUGGCUUUACCGGGAAGGGCGCCGCCACCACCCUUUCCCACACGGACCAGUAACGAUGACAACCUGACGAGAAGCAUUCGCUGCCUUGAACGAGUCAAGUUGACCCUACAGAAGUACGGCGAGAGGUGGACCAAUGCACAAAGCUUGAUGCAGAGUUUCAACACAAUCAGUGAAGAUCUCCUCGAGAGUCUCAAGACGAAACAGCAGCAGGGUUUCCAAUACGCUGUCGCUGCGCAAGCUCAGGCACAGGCUCAGGCACAGGCACAGGCUCAGGCUCAGGCACAGGCACAGGCACAGGCACAGGCACAGGCACAAGCCCAAGCCCAAGCCCAAGCCCAGGCCCAAGCCCAGGCCCAGGCACAAGCCCAGGCACAAGCCCAGAUGCACCACCAGCAUCAAUAUCAUCACUCUCCGCCUCCACGACAAUACCAACAGAUUCCAGGCACGAUGGCGGGAGCCAUGUCCGGUCAGAUGCCCCUGCCAGGGACAGGUCAAAUCCACCCUCAGAUGCAUCAUGGGCAGUACACCAUGUCAAUGCAACAGCAGCCGAUGUAUGUAACAACGAGCCCGCCGAUGCACCAAAUGCAGAUGCCUCCCCCUCCCCAAGGGCCGCCGAUGCAUCACAUCCCCCAGCGGGGGUCGCCUAAUCAGGACGUCAAGUGGGAAAACGUCGACAUCUCGCAGAUGAUGGGAGGAGGCGGCAUGUGA